AAUGGCGGAGCAAAUUUCUCCAGGAAAAACCACAGACCAAGUAUGUACCUUCCUUUUCAAAAAGCCGGGACGGAGGGGAGCUGCCGGCCGCCGAAAGCGCCCGGUCUGCGAACGCGAAUCUGAAGGAAGCAGCAGCAGUGGCGAAGAAGGCAGCACAGUUGUUCGCCCGGAGAAAAAGCGGACGCUCCACAAUCCCAUGAUACAGAAGACUCGUGGCAGCGGAAAGCAAAAGGCCGUUUAUGGUGACUUGAGUAGCGAGGAGGAGAAUGAGCCUGAGAGUCUCGGAGUCGUCUACAAGUCCACCCGCUCAGCAAAACCAGUGGGGCCCGAGGAUAUGGGCGCGACCGCUGUCUAUGAGCUCGACACAGAGAAAGAGCGAGAUGCACAAGCCAUCUUUGAGCGCAGCCAGAAGAUCCAGGAGGAGCUGAGAGGCAAGGAGGACGACAAGAUCUAUCGGGGAAUCAACAAUUAUCAGAAAUACAUGAAGCCCAAGGACACAUCUAUGGGCAAUGCCUCCUCCGGGAUGGUCAGGAAGGGCCCCAUCCGCGCCCCCGAGCAUCUCCGAGCCACUGUACGCUGGGAUUACCAGCCCGACAUCUGUAAGGACUACAAAGAGACUGGCUUCUGCGGCUUCGGGGACAGCUGCAAGUUCCUCCAUGACCGUUCAGAUUACAAGCAUGGGUGGCAGAUCGAACGUGAGCUUGAUGAGGGGCGCUAUGGUGUCUAUGAGGAUGAAAACUACGAAGUGGGAAGCGAUGACGAGGAAAUACCAUUCAAAUGUUUCAUCUGUCGCCAGUCCUUCCAAAACCCAGUUGUCACCAAAUGCAAGCAUUAUUUCUGCGAGAAGUGUGCACUGCAGCAUUUCCGCACCACUCCGCGUUGCUAUGUCUGUGACCAGCAGACCAAUGGCGUCUUCAACCCAGCAAAAGAUUUGAUUGCCAAACUGGAGAAGAAUCGAGCUGCCGGAGCGGUUGAUGCCUCCGAGUUACCAGAAGACUCCGAUGAGGAUCCAGUUCCCAUUACUUAAGUUUUCCCUCAUAAUUCUUAAAGUUUCUCAUCAUUCUCAAACCUCUGAAUAAAUGUUUUGAUGUUUUGGAAA